ACUGGCAGCAACCAUCCAGUUACACGAAGAAGAGAACCUGAAGAAGAAGAGCAACUCUUUGCUCGUCGUUUGAAAACGUUCCUACUGAAAAAGGUCUCCCUCAAAACUCUUAAAGAUCAAAACGAAUCCAAGAACUUCCAAGCAGGAACAUCAAAUAAGCUGUUUAUUUCAACCAGUGUUCCAGAAAUAGCAAAAUUAACUUGAUUUCAGAAACGCCUGAUGUUAAAAAGUAUCUUCCAAAAAAUGCCCAAAAGACAUCUACAUGCGAAAACUUUUAUUGAAGAUCUGCUGUAUUUUUAUCUGAUAGCUAUGUUUUAGAACGCUUAAAUGCUGUUGUUAUGGAGUUGGAAAAGUGGGAGACUAGUUACCACAGUUGGAGGAUGGAAUUUUCUAGAAAUGGUCAAGAAAAUUAUUCCAUAUAUAUUUGUAGAUAAUUUUAAACAAAAUGUUAUUUUUUCUCAAUACCUGACUGUGCAGUGUUGUUUAGCCACUGCUGCUUCCUUUUUACAUCUAUCAAGAAAUGUCAGAUGCUCUAAAGAAAUAUUUUUGUCCUCGACUGCUGGACUAUAUUGUUUUUGUGGGAGCUCGGCAACCAAGUCGCAACCAUGCGGUUCAGCCUCCAGAACUCUUACGCAGGUAUCCAGCCGAAGACCACAAAGAUUUUCCUCUCAGUCCUGAUGUUGUAUAUUUUUGUCAACCAGAGGGGUGUGUCUGUAUAGGGCCAAAACGUGUCAGCCUCAGGGAAUCAAACUCAUUUGUAUUUGCUCUGACAGAAAAAGAUACAAGUCGAGUGCGAUAUGGUAUCUGUGUUAACUUCUAUAGAGCCAUUGAGAGACGACCAUCAACUAAAGAAAAAGCAAGGGAUCGUGCAAAAAAGAAAGCUGGGAAACAUAAAGAAAGUGAUUUUAGUGUGACACAUGAUAAGUAUCUGGACCCUCAACGAGAUUAUUCAUCUAAGAGCCAUCAAGAUGAUUCUGAUGGUGAUUCAAAAUCAUCAUCUCCAAUCAGUCAUCAGCGCAUAAGAAGUCACUCUCUUACAUCACUUUGUAUCAUUAGUCAUCAUCCAUUUUUUUCUACUUUUCGUGAAUGUCUUGUCAUUUUAAGAAAACUUAUAGAUGUCUGCAAUGAAAGAAACUUAUCAAGAAGAUUUGGUGGCUCCAAACAAAGUAGUAGAGAAACUGUUUGGUCUUUUUUAACUGGAAAAUUAUCUGAAAAUGCUCCUGCUUCAUUGCUACAUGGAAUUCGAGAAUUAGAAAUGUGGAUGUUGAGAUUGUUAAGUGCUCCAGUUCCUGUUCCUGGGAAAACAAGGGUGGAGGUGGAGAUUCUGCCUCGAGAUAUACAACCUCCUCUCACCUUUGCUCUCCCUGAUCAUACUAGAUUCUCUUUAGUAGAUUUCCCACUUCAUUUGCCUUUAGAACUACUUGGUGUCAAUACAUGUAUGAAAGUUCUGACUUGUAUAAUUCUGGAGCACAAACUACUUUUACAAUCACGUGAUUACAAUGCUCUUUCUAUGAGUGUGAUGGCCUUUGUUACCAUGAUUUAUCCAUUGGAAUAUAUGUUCCCUGUGAUUCCUUUACUUCCAACUUGCAUGAAUGGAGCUGAACAGCUCCUUCUGGCACCUACUCCUUACAUAAUAGGAAUCCCUGCAAGCUUCUUAAUGUUUAAGCGUCAGUUUAAGUUGCCAGAAGAUGUAUGGUUGGUUGAUUUGGAUUCAAAUAAGAUCACUAAACCUCCUGGUGUCGAAGAUCUUCCACCACUUCCAGAACCUGAGGGAACUAUAUUACAAAAUCAUUUGAAACAAGCCUUAGCAUCAAUGAGUAUGAGCCCCCAGCCUAUUAAAAAUCUUGAUCGAAUUCAAUCAGGAGUAGCGGACCGUUUAGUACCGCAAGAACCUCCACCUCCUCCACUGACUACAGGUUUUAAUCCAUUAAUCUAUGGUAAUGAUGUGGACUCCGUGGAUGUUGCGACUCGAAUAGCUAUGGUCCGUUUCUUCAAUUCACCUGGUGUUUUAGCAAAUUUCAUGGAGCACACGCGAACUCUACGCUUGUAUCCGCGUCCUGUCGUAGCCUUCCAAGUUAAUAGUUUUCUUCAUUCAAGACCUAAGUUUUCAUAUUUCCUCAGCAAGUUCGUUCGUACACAAGCUGUAGAAUUUUUCGCUGAAUGGUCUCUGUCUCCGACUAAUGUGGCCUUCCUAAGGGUUCAUACAGGUGUUUUUGAUCCUACUAUUGUUGGAGAUAAGGCCAAGUGGUACAGUCAUCAAUUAGAACCUUUACAUUUCAAAGUUUGGUCUGAUGGCUCAGUUUUGAUGAGUGUUUUGGCAGCAUCAUUACAGUCUGAUCCAUCAAGUGAUGAAAGCUGCAGUGAUAGUGAAGGUGCCGGCAGUACAAGUUCUUCUUAUUCCUCUCUAAGUGACUUUGUUACAGAUAUGGUGAACAGUGAAAUAACUAGUGAAGGUGUACUUGCUGCUUCUGGAUCUGAGGAAUCUGCUAACAGCCAAGUUCUUUUUGACCACCAUUCUGUAUAUCAACCACCAAGCACACUACAGCUGCCUGCUGCUGACAUUAAUAAUCGUAAUGCUGUGUUUGCCCUACCAUAUGCCAAUUCUCCACCAUCCACUCCAUCAAGCAGUCCAUCUUUCAAUGGUGAUCCUCAAGCAAACUUGGCACGUGCUGCAGAAAAAGCUGUAACUGCUGCAUUUCAGCCUUUAGCAUACAGGUCUGAAUCUCAAGAUCAUGGUGAUGGGGAUACUGAAGUGUUUAGUGGUCAAGAAGGAGAGACUGCAACUUUAACACCAUCCACUAUUCGCUCAGUUAUAUCACCCCAACCACCUCUACAGAGUAGAAGCCCUGCUGACAGUCUUGGGAGUGAUAUAGAAAGUAUUCAUGAUCAUGAUGUUGUGCAUGGUGUAACUGGCAAUUCUGCACCCCGUGUCAGGUCUGGUAACACAGUUUUAACUCCAGAAACAUCAAUUGACAGAGGCAGUGGAACUGGUUCUGGAACUCCUACUCCAACUCCUACACGUACCAUUAGUAUUAGUAGUGUUUUGAGUCGUACGGGAAGUAUUGGUGGUGUUUCUUUAACUGCUCAAAACAGCCAAGGUUCUCUCCUUGAAACAAUGGCACGUGAGGCCAGAGAAGUUGCUAGAGAAGCAAGUAAAGCAGCUGUAGAAGCUAGUCGCACAGCUCUGGAAGCUACAAAGCCUGCUAGGGAGGCUGGAAAGAAAACUCUCUUAAAAAAUUUGCAAGCAUUUGGUGAACCAAUGACCAGUAGUCGAGAAAAACGUGUCGCUGAAUCUACAGAAAUUGUUACUCGAGAUGGUGGUUCAAGUCCUGGUUCUCUUAUAUCUACCGUUAGUAGUGAACUCAAUGGUAUUGCUGCUCAGACUUCAAGCAUGUUUUCUGGGUUUUUUAGUAGCAGAUCAAGUUCUAUAUCCAGACCUAGAGAUCGACCUCAGCCAUUUGGACCUUUCCCAAAAGGGCGAAAAAUUCAAGUAGAAAAGACUACACUUAUCAAACAUACUACCACUCAGCAGAAGAAGCAGCAAGAUGCACAACGAAUGCAGACUUUAGAAGCUCACAGCACUUCUCAUACAGAUAAUCAGACGUUUUUGAAGGAAACUAUAAAUGCUGUUCUUGAAGGAGAAGGAGUUGGAUGGUUAAAAUUGAGCAGAGUAAAAAAAUUGAUGGAAGAUGAAAAUUAUCGCAAUUUGGUUGUAUCUAGGCUCAAUAAAACUCUUGAAAGAAAAAUUGGACCCGAUGACCACAUAGAUGAUGUG